GGUGGCGUUUCGUUAAGUAACUGAAAUGCGGGACACAAAAGAGCAGAUGCAUGUUUUCAGUGGACUACAGGCGUUUUUAAGGGUAGAGUGUUUUUUAAUUGUGUCUAUGUAGGAUGUGAGCACCUGUCUCAGAGCAUAGUGAUCGUUCACUCUUCCCUCGUGUUUGUCAUGACAUGUGCUGCACUUACCAAACUCCUCGUGGUCCUUCUCGUGGCAUUCAUCCUGUGCCUGCCAGAGUUCUUCUCUCCCCGAGGGUUGAAGAUAUCCUUCUACUGUGAGAUCCUCAAGCCUUGUGCAGACAGCUCUGAUGGUGGGUGUGGGAGGUUUGUGGGCACGCGGGUGAAGGACCAACCCUGCAGUGGAGAGACAAAUACCACAGAGCAGAACGUCUCAUACUGGCUGUGUGAAACACAGACCGACCUCACACAUCUCUUUGGAAAUGGCUCUGUUGUAGAACCACUGGAAGUGUCACUCCUGGUCCAGAUUGACAGUCCCUCAGCACAUAAUGUGACCAGCCAUUAUCAUUUGGGAAAUGCCAGUUCUCUAAUAAGAAGCUCAGAAACCAAUCAGGGGCUGUUCCACUGCUGUAUGGCCCCCAAUGAAACCCACACCCUCCUCCAGAACACCACUGCUACUCCACAUCACUGUUUCCUACAUGAUCAACGCAGCAAUCAAACAGAAACCUUUCAUUUCCCUCAGCAAACGAAAGGAAAUGGACAGUGUGUGAGCAGACAUGUGUGGGUGGCUCUCGUCCUUUUGGUGAUCUUUAUAACCGUGGUGACUGUUGUUUAUCAGACUCUAUGCAGAACUCUGCAUCUGAAGAGGAGAGCUGAGCGUCUUCCUGACAGUGCAGGCCAGCCUUGUCGUCAACUCACCAUCAGAAGAAGUACAUCAUGUGCUGACAUACCAGAUCUGGCAUUACAACCCAGACACUCCGCAGGAGAUGUGUUCUUUGAGGUCUCGCCUCAGGAUGGAGAAGAAGAUCACCUUUGGCCUUCCCUCCUUCCCAAUGAGACACUUCUUAAAGUCUACAGAAGUACGAAAGGACUCUCACCUAUUCGUGAAGUUGAAAACCAUGAAGUCACUGGUGAGGUACAAGUUUUGUCUGAUUACCUUCCAGAAUGUGGGGGCUCAUUGCUGCUGAACCAAGACUUCAGUCACAGUCAGUGGGGACCACUGACUCAGCUGCACCACCGUGGACACCCACCAACCAUCAGUUUGAUGUCUGUCACACGAGAGGAUGAGGACUAGUACGACUGAAUGUUUCUGCGGACAUCCUUCAUCUUCAGUAAUAUGGCUCUUGAUGUCAUUAUCAGGAAAACAUUCCGGUGGACACAUCGUAUGGUGGGACAGUUUUUAUGCCAAGUUUCUUAAAAAAAUGAUGGAGUAUAAUGUACAUGUACAUACACGUUGUACCACUUUAAAAUAGAGACAUACUGUA